CCUAAAACUCUGCAUAUAUUCUUCCUUUCUCUUCCCAAAGCCAAUUCCACUUCAACUCUUUCACCCUUCAAAUUCGAGGAUCUCCUACCGACGUUCCCAUCAGAAAUCUAGGAUUUCCAACUAAAAUUCAUCAAAAACAGUUCUUGACGAGCACAUUUUUGACAUAUUUUGUCAAAACAAUCACGAAAAAUACGCUUAUUUCUAGUAGUGAUCGACACCCUCCAACCACAAGAUAAAUACGUGUAUUUCUAGUAGUGACACCCUCCGUACACAAAAGAAAAAUACACGUGUUUCUAGUAGUGACACCCUCCAGAUACGCGAAAAUGGCCUCUCGUCAUGAUCAUGAACAUAGAUACAGUGUCAGUACUGACGGCGAAGAAGAAGAUGAUGAAGAAGAAAUCCAAGAAGAAGAAGAAGAAGAAGACGAAAACGAGUACUCCAAUGAGUCUAACAAAAUUCAUGAACCAUGUAGUGGUGGUGCUGGAAGAAAUGAUAAAUUUGGAUUAUUAAAUAUCAUAGGAUUAUUUUUCUCAAGAAAUAAAUUCAUAGACGCUAAAGCCCAAUGGGUUCAAGAAUGGAACACAGUUUUCUUGCUAGUAUGUGCAAUAGGGCUUUUUGUUGAUCCACUUUUUUUCUAUGCUAUUUCUAUAAGUGAGAGUUGCAUGUGCCUUUUCGUCGAUGGGUGGUUCGCCGUUACCGUGACUGUUCUCCGGUGCAUGGCCGAUGGGUUACAUGUAUGCAACAUGUUGUUGCAAUUCAAGAUGAUGAUAACUAGAAGAAGAAGCAUGCCAAACUUGAAGGCUAACAAGGGUUUCUUGUUUGAUCUCUUUGUUAUACUACCUUUACCCCAGCUAGUGAUGUGGGUAGGCGUCCCAACUCUACUGAAAAAAGGACUGACAACAACAGUGAUGACAGUGCUAUUAAUUAUGUUUUUAUUUCAAUAUCUGCCCAAAAUCUAUCACUCCGUUUGCCUCUUGAGGCGCAUGCAGAAUUUUUCUGGCUAUAUUUUUGGCACUGUUUGGUGGGGAAUUGCUCUUAACAUCGUCGCUUAUUUUGUCGCUUCACACGCUGUGGGAGCAUGUUGGUAUUUGCUAGGUAUUCAAAGGGCAGCCAAAUGUCUUAAAGAACAAUGCAUAGUUACAAAAGGUUGUGGCCUCAAAAUGUUGGCAUGUGAAGAGUCAAUAUAUUAUGGAACAAGUAGUUUGGUGAGAGAAAAAAGUAGAUUGAUGUGGGGAGAGACAAGUAAUGCAAGAUUUACAUGCUUAAACAAUGGGGAUCAUUUUGAUUAUGGAGCUUAUCAAUGGACUGUUCAACUUGUCUCUAAUGAAAAUCGUAUUGAGAAAAUUCUCCUUCCCAUCUUUUGGGGUCUCAUGACUCUAAGUACAUUUGGGAACUUGGAGAGCACAACAGAUUGGCUAGAAGUGGUUUUCAUAAUCAUAGUUCUUACCUCUGGGCUAAUUCUGGUCACCAUGUUUAUUGGUAAUAUUAAGGUGUUCUUGCAUGCAACAACAUCAAAGAAACAGGCAAUGCAACUAAAGAUGAGAAACAUAGAAUGGUGGAUGAGGAGAAGAAGGUUACCUAGAGGGUUAAAGCAAAGGACUAGAAAUUUUGAGAGGCAAAGAUGGGCAGCAACGCGUGGAGUUGAUGAAUGUGAGAUGAUUCAAAAUCUUCCUGAGGGUCUUAGGAGGGACAUCAAGUACCAUCUCUGUUUGGACUUGGUCAGACAGGUGCCUUUGUUUCAACAUAUGGACAAUUUGGUGCUCGAGAACAUUUGUGAUCGUGUGAAGUCCCUGAUUUUCACAAAGGGCGAAACAAUAACUAGAGAGGGUGAUCCAGUUCAAAGAAUGCUAUUUAUAGUAAGAGGUCACCUCCAAAGUAGCCAAUACUUACGAGAUGGUGUCAAAAGUUGUUGCAUGUUAGGCCCCGGCAACUUCAGUGGAGACGAACUAUUGUCAUGGUGCCUCCGGCGACCUUUCAUCGAGCGGCUACCACCGUCCUCCUCCACACUAGUGACUCUCGAGACCACCGAAGCCUUCGGCCUUGUGGCUGAAGAUGUUAAGUAUGUGACACAACAUUUCAGAUAUACAUUUGUGAAUGAGAAAGUGAAAAGAAGUGCAAGGUAUUAUUCACCAGGGUGGAGAACUUGGGCUGCUGUUGCUAUUCAAUUAGCUUGGAGAAGAUACAGACAUCGUUUGACACUUACUUCUUUGUCUUUUAUUAGACCAAGAAGGCCACUGUCUCGAUGUUCUUCGUUAGGGGAGGAUCGCCUAAGACUAUAUGCUGCUUUGUUGACUUCACCAAAGCCUAAUCUAGAUGAUUUUGAUUUUUAAAAUCAUAAAAAGAAAUUACUGUAAGCCAUAUUUAUUGAUGUAUAAUAUAUAGUUUCUUUAAUUCGAUUAAAGGUUUCAUUUA